AUGCUUUGGCGUGAUCAACGAGGAUACUUCCUCGAGACUUACAAUCAUGCGAUCUCUGACUAUCUACAAAUCUCAUUCGUCCAAGAAAAUGAGUCUCGUUCCAGUUAUGGUACUCUUCGUGGGCUUCAUUUUCAAAAAGAUCCCUGGGCUCAAGCAAAAUUGGUUCGUGUUCUUCGAGGACGUGUGCGUGACGUUAUCGUCGAUAUGCGUCAGGAUUCGGCGACCUAUGGCCAACAUCUCUUCGUCGAUCUCUGUGAAGAUAAACAGGAACAACUCUUUGUUCCUCCAGGCUGUGCUCAUGGCUUUAGUGUUCUUGGUGAAGAAGCGCUCUUCGCCUACAAAUGUUCAAAACCCUAUUUCCCAGACCAUGACGGAGGUAUUCUUUAUUGCGACCCCGAACUCGGUAUCCCCUGGGGACUCGAAGAGAAAGACAUCCUUGUCUCUGAGAAAGACCGCAAGCAUCCGAGUCUGCGGGAAUAUCACCAAGAAGAAAAUCAAGAGGAACUUCGAUGA